UCGCGAGAUCAACGUCCGCGCCUUGAAACCACGAGGAAGAUCGAGCUUGUUGUGGGAUUGAGUGAGAAGACGCGACAGGUAAUUUAACACGUAGCGUCGAGAUAUAAACACAGCAAAGCUGUCACAUAUGGCUGAGAAUGCAUCAGAUGGUAGCGUUACAUGUCCGGUUUGCACGAGGGGAUUUGAAGUAGGUAAAAUUAAUGCCCACUUGGAUGAGUGUUUACAGAGCCACGUAAAGUCUGGUCAAGACGCGCUUGACCAUGACACACCCGCACCACCGUCCAAAAAACCCCGGAUCAACACGACUGACACGCGACCUGCUGCACUCUUCUCCCUCUUUGAGAGCAAAUCCAAAGGAGCUGAUCACAGACACAAGCUUGAAUCGGUGGUCACUUGUAAAGACACUGCAGAAGUGAAAGUGAUGCAUCAACCUGAAUGUCCUGAUGCAGUACCAUCCGCCACAUCAACUUCGAAAACAUUAAUGUUGAAAAACGAAAAACCAUUGGCAGAAAGACUUAGACCCAGCACACUGGAUGAAUAUUUCGGGCAGAAUAAACUGAUCGGAGAACAGACCCUGCUCAGAUCUCUGCUGCAGUCACAGGAUAUCCCAUCUUUAAUACUGUGGGGUCCACCAGGGUGUGGAAAGACCACCCUCGCCCACAUUAUUGCAAGUUCCAUAAAGAAGAAAGGCACAGGACGCUUUGUGACGCUCUCCGCCACCAGCGCGUCAACCAGUGAUGUGCGAGAGGUGAUCAAACAGGCCCAGAAUGAGCUCCGUCUGUGCAAGAGAAAUACCAUUCUGUUCAUCGAUGAGAUACAUCGCUUCAAUAAAUCCCAGCAGGACACUUUCCUCCCUCACGUGGAGUGUGGCACCAUCACUCUUAUUGGGGCCACCACAGAGAACCCAUCCUUUCAGGUGAACAGCGCAUUAUUAAGCCGCUGUAGGGUUCUGGUUCUGGAGAAGCUGUCGGUGGAGGCGAUGGGCUCGAUUCUGCGUCGGGCUGUUGACUUUCUUGGACUGCAGGUUUUACAGGAGAAUGCAGGAGAACAGGGCUCUUCAACACUCUGCUCAGACCCUCAGGUGUUUGUUGAACAGAAAGCUCUGGACACUGUAGCACACCUGUGUGAUGGUGAUGCUCGAGCUGGUCUCAAUGGUCUCCAGCUGGCCGUGCAGGCGUGUGUUGCGCAGAUGCGCACCGGUUCCAUCAAACCCGACGCAGCUCCUCAACAAAUAAUAGUGCAUGAGCAACACAUUAAGGAGGGCCUUCAGAGAUCACACAUUCUCUAUGAUAAAGCAGGUGAGGAGCACUAUAACUGUAUCUCAGCCCUUCACAAGUCAAUGAGAGGUUCUGAUACUAACGCUGCCCUCUAUUGGCUGGGAAGGAUGCUGGAGGGAGGUGAAGACCCGCUGUAUGUAGCUCGCCGACUGGUCCGGUUCGCUAGUGAGGAUAUUGGUCUGGCAGACCCUUUGGCACUCACUCAGGCUGUAUCAGCAUUUCAGGCCUGUCACUUCACUGGCAUGCCUGAAUGUGAGGUCAUUCUAGCCCAGUGUGUGGUUUAUAUGGCCAGAGCACCUAAAUCUGUGGAGGUGUACAAGGCCUAUAAUAAUGUAAAGGCCUCUCUGAGAAACCACCAGGGCCCUUUGCCACCUGUACCACUUCACCUACGUAACGCCCCCACCAAACUAAUGAAGAAUCUUGGCUAUGCUAAAGGAUACAAAUAUAACCCAAACUUCAAUGGCUCAGUGGAUCAAGAAUACCUUCCCGAGGAACUCCGUGGUGUGAAUUUUUUUAGCUGGACACCUACAAAUUCAUGAUUGACUUUUGCUUAACGCAGAAUACUUUGAAGGUUGCAGAUAUGAUUGUGGGUUGUAAACCUACAUUUUGAACUUAUUGAAAAAUGGAGAUUGAUUUUGCUGUUGAUGUUUGAUAUUAUAAAAGUUUUAAUAAAGAGUUGUAAUUAAAAUA